AAUAUAAUUUCCUCAUAUAAAAGAAAUAUGUAAAGUUAAAAUUAAUUUUAAACAGUUCGUGAUCGUCUUUGUUGUCUUUUGGUUUAAUUUUCGGAUAGUUAAAUUUUUUUUGUAAAAUAAAAAGAAAAUGAUGUUAACAUUACAGUUAAUAUUGGGAAUAGCAUUUUUAUUGUGGAUUUAUAUCUUGUGGACACGGCGAAAAUAUUAUUUGCUGUCUCGAAAGUUACCCGGACCUCUAGGUUAUCCGAUUUUGGGAAUGCUGUUGCAAUUGAUGUAUCGUGAAGAUAUUCUGCCAACAUUUUCUAAGUAUAUAGAAAUCUAUGGACCUGUAUUUUUGUCAUGGUUAGGACCGAUUCCUUUCUUAGUGGUAAGUGAACCACAAAUAGCGCAAGAUAUUUUGGUAUCAUCACACUGUGUAAACAAAGGAAUAAUAUACGAUGCAUUAGAUGAUGGCACUGGGCAUGGAUUAUUUAGUUUAAAAAAUCCAGAUUGGCAUGUACAUAGAAAACUUUUAAAUCCUGCAUUCUCCCAAAAGAUUUUAUUAAGUUUCAUACCUAUAUUUAAUGAAAAUAUAAACGAGUUGAUGAGAAUACUAGAUCAACAUAUUGGAAGAGGCGAAAUUGAAUUAACAAAAAUAUUUCAAGUGGUGACUUUGAAUAUAGCUGCACAAACUACAAUGGGCAAAAAUAUAUCUGGAAUUCAAAAUACAGAAAAACAAAGUCUUAUAAAAUGCUAUCAGUGUGUUUUAGAACACAUGACUGAAAUGUGUUUUUCUCCGCUUUUAAGAUAUAAAUGGGUACAAUAUUUGCUGGGUACAUAUAAGCCAUAUUCAGAAGCAAAAAAUGAGAUACGAAAAUUUAUUAAGAAUUUGAUACAAGAAAAACUAUCUACCAAUACUCCAAUCGAAGAGAAAGACAAGAAUAUAUUUAUAAACAUAGCGAUUGAAUUAUUAAAACGAGGUGAUUUUACAAUGCAGAAUGUUGAAGACGAAUCGAAUGUUAUAGUAUUUGGGGCUUUUGAAACGACUGCAAACACCAUUGCUUAUACGUUAAUGAUGUUAUCUAUGUUUCCAGAAUGUCAAGAAAAAGUUUUUGAAGAAAUUCGUUCUAUUUUUCCUUAUCAAGGUGAAUUUGAUGUUAAUUAUAUUGAUAUUAAACAAAUGACAUAUAUGGAUAUGGUAAUAAAUGAAACAAUGCGGGUGAUGGCACCUGUACCAUUGGUUGCGCGUCAAACAGCAGAAGAUAUACAUUUAUCAAAUGGAGCAAUUGUACCAAAAGGCGUUCAAGUCGUAAUUGACAUUUUCCAUAUGCAUCGAAGAAAGGAUAUAUGGGGAGAUGAAGCGUGGAAUUUUAAUCCAGAAAAUUUUUUACCAACGAACUUAGAAGAAAAACACUCAUACGCAUUUAUGCCUUUUACAAAAGGACUUCGGAAUUGCAUAGGUUGGAAGUAUGGACUUAUAUCAGUAAAGAUUACAUUAGCUAAAUUAUUAAGAAACUAUCGUUUUACAACAAACUUUAAAUAUAAAGAUUUAGCUUUUGUGGAAGAUAUCACACUUAAGUUUAAGGAAACACCAUUAUUUCAGGUAUUUAGGAGAGAAAACUAA